AUGGCAUCUCUGGGAGUCGCUUUAGUCACUGGCGCUGGGGGCGGAAUCGGGCGUGCCAUUGCCCUCCGUUUGGCUAAGGACGGAUUUGAUAUCGCUCUGAACGAUGUUCAUGUCAGUCUACCCAAAAUUGAAGCAGUCAGACAAGAAGUCUCCAAAUUUGGGAGGAAGGCUUCCGUCCUCACCGCUAAUGUGGCCCACGAAAAAGAGGUCAGCAAGAUGGUUGAUCAAGCUGUACAGGACUUGGGUGGGUUAGACGUGAUGGUCGCCAAUGCAGGCAUCCUGCGGGCGGACGGUAUCUUGGAUGCCUCAAAUGAGUCCUGGGAUCAACACCUUGAGGUUAACGCGAAGGGCGUCCUAUUCUGUUUCAAAUACGGCGCUCAGCAGAUGAUUACACAAGGCCGGGGAGGCAGGCUCCUCGCGGCGGCGUCUACCAGUGGAAUGCAAGGAAAUCUAGGCCUUAUUUCCUAUUCUGCAAGCAAGUUUGCAGUCCGUGGAAUCGUACACGCAGCUGCACAAGAACUCGCCCCCUAUUCUAUUACUGCCAAUGGAUAUGCUCCAGGCCCCAUCGAUACCAAUAUGAUGGCCCAGGUCGUCGAAGCUUCUGCCAACCCGGGAGGAGAACAAGAAGAGCAAUUCCGUACUAUUCCUCUUAGGAGAUACGGCUCCCCUGACGAAGUCGCGGGACUAGUGUCCUACCUUGCCUCGAGGGAUGCUUCCUUCAUAACCGGUAGGUAUUCUUUCAACGGUAUUCGCGAGUUGAUGGUUGAAUUCAUUUAUGAUUGCCUAGGGCAAACGGUCUCUAUUAACGGCGGGCGCAUCCUCACUUGA